CUUUAAAAGUGUCAAUUUCGUCCUGGAUUCAUAUCUAACGCCCGGCUCUCAAGUCUCUAACACAAAACCCAUCGCAUUUUUCCCUGGACGCUCUUCCUUCUCCACUCAUGGCGUCUCUCACAACCCCCUGGUUGCCCAGAACCCCAAUUCCAUCUCCUCAAAUCCCAACCAAAUCCCAUCCACCCCCACAACUCAUCCUUCCAAAACGACGCGUCUUUCCGGCUUCUUCCAUUAGAGCUUCCUCUUCUUCCUCCUCUCCGGGCCUCUACUCCGGCAAGCAAUUAGAGCUCACUGUUCCCAACGUCGACCUGGUUCUCGACGACGUCCGCCCCUAUCUCAUCGCCGAUGGCGGAAACGUCGGCGUUGUGUCCGUCGAAGACGGCGUCGUUUCUCUCAAACUCCAAGGGGCGUGUGGGAGCUGUCCUAGCUCGACGACCACCAUGAAAAUGGGGAUCGAACGAGUGCUUAAAGAGAAGUUCGGAGAUGCGCUCAAGGAUAUUCAGCAAGUUUUCGAUGAAGAAAACAGAGAGACCACAGUUGAGGCGGUGAAUGGUCAUCUGGACAUAUUGAGGCCGGCGAUAAAGAACUUUGGUGGAAGUGUGGAAGUGUUAUCAGUUGAAGGUGGGGAUUGCAAUGUGAAGUAUGUAGGGCCUGGAUCCAUUGGAUCAGGUAUCAGAGCAGCUAUUAAGGAGAAGUUCCCAGAUAUCGUCAAUGUCGUGUUUACAGAAUAGCAAAUAGCUCGGCGUGCUCAAUCAAUGGAGAUGUUCUUGUACAUUGGAAACCGUGUUGCUCCAGGUCUGAUGUAUACCACCAGCUUUGCUCGCGUAAAUUUGAAUUUAAUUUAUCUUGUUGAAGAAGUGGAUUGCCAUUAGUAUCAGCAAAGAUGAGUAUGUUUCUAUAUAAUACACUAAUACAUACAGUUUGUGAGAUCAAAUCUGGUGUUCUGAACUCCAAGCCUUCAACUUUGCUGUUGGUACUUGUAAGCACGUUUGGAAAAAUGGAAUUUUCGUGCAAUGUAGCAAUUCAAAAGUAGAGGCGAAAUGCUGUUACGAGUA